AUGAGGAGGGAUGUGCCUAUCUCCGAGAACCAAUUUGGAUUCAGGUCAGGGCGGUCAACUACAAAAGUCAUCCAUCUUAUAAGGAGAUUGUUGGAGCUGUAUAGGGAUAGGAAGAGCGACCUAAACGUUGUGUUUAUUGACCUAGAAAAGGCAUGCGAUAAAGAUCCUAAGGAGGUUCUAUGGAGGUGUUUGGAGUCUAGAGGUGUAUGUGUGGCUUACAUUAGAGUAAUUAAGGACAUGCACGAUGGAGAAAAGAGACAGUCUUGUUCUGUUCUGUUUUACUGUACCAACAUUGCUGUUUUUCUGCUCUGUUUUGCUGAUUAUUUUUCUUUAACACAAUUAAAAAUGGCUGACCCCGGUUGGAAUUGUCAAUUGUUAUUGGACAGAUUUGAAAAAGAAGACAGGAGAAACAAAUUUCAGGUCCAACUGCCCGAAGGAGUAACACCAUUUAUGCAUAUUACUCAAAAUGAAUUUAUAUGUCGAAAGCAUAAGAAACCGAGAGAAGAGGAUAUUGCUAUAUGUGAAUGCAAGUAUGAUGCAAGUGAUCCUAAUAGUGCAUGUGUAGGAAGAUGUUUGAAUUUAUUAACAAACAUUGAAUGUACAGCGGGAUACUGUCCGUGUGGUGACACUUGCAGAAAUCAGAGAUUCCAGAAAUGUGAAUAUGCAAAAACUAAGUUGUUCAGGACUGAAGGGCGUGGUUGGGGUCUUUUAGCUGAUGAGAAUAUAAAGGCUGGACAGUUCAUCAUUGAAUGCUGUGGAGAAGUGAUAUCAUUUGAAGAAGUAAAGAAAAGAUCUCAGGCUUAUGAAUCUCAUGACCUCAAGGACGUGUACAUAAUUUCUGUGGAUGGUAAUGAUUUCAUUGACUCCACCCGGAAGGGAAGUUUUGCAAGAUUCAUAAAUCAUUCAUGCAGUCCAAAUUGUGAAACAAGUAAAUGGAUAGUGUCGGGGGAAACAAGGGUAGGUAUAUUUGCGAAGCAAGAUAUAUCUGUUGGAAUGGAGCUGACAUACGAAUAUAAUUUUGAGUGGUACUACGGGGGUGCAAAUGUUCGUUGUCUGUGUGGAGCUGCAAACUGUUCCUUAUUUUUGGGUGCCAAGUGUCGACGAUUCCGGGAGUACAACCAUGUCUGGGAAGAUGGGGAUGACAGGUAUUUUGUAAAAAAGUUACUAAUGGCGGAAUCUUUCGUCACAAACAACACCUUAUUGGUACUUGCAGGGACGUCUCACGGUGUGAACAAUGCCCGGAUGUUGUAA